GUCAGUUCACUCCCGGCCUUGUCAGACAGCUUCACCACACUCUUCCUACUCCGGCUAGCCGCUCCGAUGGCGCUCCGGCACCUGUUCGCCGUUGCCGUUGCCGUCGCCGCGCUUGCAUUGGACGUGGCGGCGGCCAGCGGAGGUUCCGCGGCGCUAGGGGUGAACUACGGCCAGGUGGCCGACAACCUGCCGUCGCCGCAGGCGGCGGCCGUGCUCCUCCGCGCGCUGAACGCCACCAAGGUCAAGCUGUACGACGCGGACGCGCGCGUGCUGAGCGCGUUCGCCGGCUCCGGCGUGGACUUCACCGUGGGGCUGCCCGACAACAUGGUCCCCCGCCUGGCCUCCGACCCCUCGGCCGCCGCGGCCUGGGUCCGCACCAACAUCCUCCCGCACCUCCCGGCGACGUCGAUCACCGCGGUCACCGUCGGCAACGAGGUGCUGACGGGCUCCGACGCCACCAUGCUGCGCUCCCUCCUCCCGGCGAUGCAGUCGCUCCACGCGGCGCUUGCGGCGUGUAACCUCACCUCCCGGGUCGCGGUCACCACCGCGCACUCCCUCGCCGUGCUCUCCUCCUCCUUCCCGCCCUCCUCCGCCGCGUUCCGGCACGACCUCCUCCCCUACAUCACGCCGCUGCUCGCCUUCCUCGCCAAGACCGGCUCGCCGUUCCUCGUGAACGCGUACCCGUACUUCGCCUACAAGGCCGACCCGGGCACGGUGGACCUGGACUACGUGCUGUUCGAGCCGAGCGCGGCCGCCGUGGUGGACUCCGCCACGGGUCUGCGGUACGGCAACAUGCUGCACGCGCAGGUGGACGCCGUGCGCGCCGCGAUCUGCGCCGCCGACUACGGGCGGGCGGUGGAGAUCCGGGUGUCGGAGACCGGGUGGCCGUCGCAGGGGGACGGCGACGAGGCCGGCGCCACGCCGCAGAACGCGGCCAGGUACAACGGGAACCUGAUGCGGCUGGUGGCGCAGGGGAAGGGCACGCCGGCGGCGCCCGGGGAGCCGCUGCAGGUGUACGUGUUCGCGCUGUUCAACGAGGACCAGAAGCCCGGGCCGGCCUCCGAGCGGCACUACGGGCUGUUCAAGCCGGACGGCACGCCGGCGUACGACGUCGGCGUCAAGGCGCCCACGAUCAAAGGCUUGAAGGGAAGCGGCAAUGGCGAUGGCAACGGCACGGAUAGUGGCGUCGGGAUGGUGGUGGGGGAAGGGCCCGCCGGGACGGACGGGUUCGCCGUCGGCCCGGGCGGACUCUACACCAUUUCUGAUGCGACGCACAAGGUGAGGAGGUGGCGGUGCACGGAAAGCUUGGCGGCCAUGGCCGCCGUUCUGGCCAUGGUGUCGUGGUCAUGAGUCAUGACUGUCGAGACGACGAUGUAUGUAUGUAGAGAGAGACAUGCUGCAGAUUGCGCACAGGCUAUAUAUUGAUUCAUUGAAUUUUCUUCUUCUUCUUCUUUAUUUGUCCGGACAGCCAGUAUGUAUGAUUGGUCUUCCCGUGCUGUAGCUGUGUAGAAGAAGAGAUGAGCGAUGGUGGUUUUUCCAGAUGAUUGCCCUGGCGCAACCGAUUUGGUUACAUAAACUUAUUGACAAAAUAAGAAGGGGCUUUCUUUGGGAGUGCAAGGGGGUUGCCGUUGGGGGCAAAUGCUUGGUGAGCUGGAAGCUUGUGUGUCGGCCAAAGAUGUAUGGGGGACUUGGGAUCUCCAACCUGCAAGCUCAAGGCAUGGCACUCCGCCUUCGCUGGCUUUGGCAAUCCUGGAACGAGCCGGACAAGCCAUGGGCAUGCCUACCUAUGACAGUGGACAAGAAACUUAACGACCUCUUCAAUGCAUCUGUCAAGUUCGUUCUCGGAAAUGGGGAAAGGAUUAAGUUCUGGUAUGAGCCUUGGCUGAAUGGGGUUUCCUUGAGUUGUGCAGCGCCGGACCUAUUUGCUUGCUGCACUCGCAAAAACCUCACGGUGUCCCAAGCCCUACAAGAUGGCCGUUGGAUCAGACACCUGCGUCGCCCUCUUACGCCAGCAGCUAUUAUCCAAUACACAAAGCUCUGGGAGGCGGUUGCUGAUGUGCACUUGCUGCUGGGAACUCCCGACUCAGUGAUCUGGAGAUGGACGCCGAAUGGCGCCUACUCUUCGGCCACUGCAUAUGCCGUGCAGUUCGAGGGGUGUACUCGCCUCGCCGGUCAGCGACACAUAUGGGCGGCUGAUGCUCCGCUAAAAUGCAGAAUUUUCGCUUGGCUUGCGAUCCUAGGAAAAUGUCUUACAGCGGAUAACCUGCAGAAAAGAGGAUGGCCGCACGACCCAAUUUGUUCUCUCUGCCGGGCGGCGGACGAGUGUGUUGAUCACCUCCUAGCACGCUGCUCCUACACCCAAGCUCUAUGGAGUCUGAUGCUCAACCGCUGCAACCUCCCCACCACUCUUGCGCCGACGGCGGCGACAACCAGCCUUGCUGACUGGUGGGAGUCCAACGUGGUGAACGCUAACCUGACCAACUCAAAGGGCUGGGGCGGUCUGGUAGUGGCAAUCUGGUGGUUCACGUGGUGCGAGAGGAAUGCCCGGAUUUUCCAAAGCAAGGCGUCCACCGUCAGUGCGGUCUUCAACUUGAUGAUUGAUGAAUUUAGGAUAUGGAACCAGGCUGGGCGUCAUAGGUUUCAGCUGUUUUUGGACAGACCUCGAGAGCCAGACUGAAUUAUGUGCUGAUAUAUGUUGCUGGGUUGCCGGCUGUUGGCAUAGUUGAUGUAUAGCGGCCUGCUCCGACCACAUACUUGUAACACCUUUCCUCUUAUAAAUG